AUUCGACAUUCCCGUGAACUGAACGAAAGCCAUUAUCACCCAACAAACGACAACAUAUACACACCCACACCACUUUCACACAAAUCAGCAAUUAAGCCAUCAUGUCUCUGCAUUACCUCCCUCCCGUCAAGCCUUCGGCCAUUGCCCUAGGCACCAUCUUCAACCACGGCAUUGAGCUGGCCGUCUUGACCCCUCUCCUCGGCCAAACCUACAAGCGCGCGAAGGCCGCCAACACCAAGGAGGAGUUCAUCCAAUCCAAGGAAGCGAGCUCCGCAGCCGUCGCCUGGGGCACUUCGCUCGUCGGCUCCGCCCUGCAAGCCUAUGGCGUAGGAGCCCUCAUCAAUGCCACCGGCACGCUGAGCUACAAGGGCGCCACCUACCUCGGUUCGCUCAUCUUCAUGGCCACCUCUGCCCCGACCUUCAUCACCCAGAUUUUCGCCGAGAAGCGUCCCGCCGACACCGUGGCCGUGGGCGCACUCGCCAAGGCGUUCGAGACGGUCGGUUUGAGUGUAUUCUUGAGCUGGUGGGGAACCAGAACCAACCCUUUUGAAUAGAGAAUGAUAGACGACAAGUUUGGGUCUUGUGAAUACGUAGAAGAUUCGGAGGAUAUCUGUGGCAUUAGUCUCUUCUACGUGAUGUAAACAGAGUUCCGGAAAAGGUUGGCAAUGGUGUAGG